AUGGCAAUAGGAAGGACUAAGAACCAAGUUUUUGGCUACAUCAAAAGUGCAAUGAAUAACAAAUUGAAAGGAUGGAGGAAUAAGAUGUUGAGUUUGGCGGGGAAAGAAGUGCUCAUAAAGUCAAUAAUCCUAGCAAUGCCAAAUUAUGCCAUGGCAUGCUUUAAACUUCCAAAAGGGCCGUGUAAGGAUAUUUGUAAGAGUAUAGCCAACUUCUGGUGGGGUGGAAAUCAGCAGGAAAAGAAGGUGCACUGGAUAAGUUGGAAGAAACUAGCAAAUGUCAAAGGGAAAGGGGGACUGGGGUUCAGAGAUUUAGAAGCCUUUAAUGAAACUUUACUUGCUAAGCAACUUUGGAGGAUCAUCUCUUCCCUAAAUUUGCUUAUGAGCAAAGUGAUGAGGGCCAAAUACUUAACAGACCUAAAAGCUCUGGAAACUCACCCUCCUCAAUCAGCUUCUUGGACUUGGAGAAGUAUCCAAAGUGCUUGGAACUUGAUCCAAAAAGGACUAUGGAAAAGAGUGGGGGAUGGAGAGCAGGUGAACAUAUGGAAUGACAGAUGGGUGUUGGGCUCUAAAUCAGGAAAAGUUUCUAUGAUAUGCCCUCCAAACUGCCAUUUGCAAACAGUGGACCAGCUAAUACAAGAAGGAGGAUGGAAUAAGGAAAUCCUGCAGCAAGUUUUUAAUCAAAAAGACAGAGAGCAAAUAGCCAAUAUGCCACUCAGUGUGUUUAAAAGACAAGACAGGUUCUUCUGGAGCUUUUCAAAGUCUGGAAUCUACACAGCAAAAACAGGCUAUGCAAAUGUUGUGCAGGCAAGCAGUAGAGACGAAAGAAGAUAG